AAGUUAUUGAGGGUGAGGACCAGUUCAGCCAGGCGGAUGAGGGUGUUGGUUGGGACGGCGUGAGAGGAAGAAACGAAGGGCUUGGAGGGUUUCGUCAUGGCAAAUUGAUGUGUGCAGGGACUGGAUGUCCGUGAUGAAGACGAAUCAUUGGGGGCUGAGGAGACGAAAAUCUUGGAGGUGGUGAAGGUUGUGGAUGGUGUCUUGGAGGAGGGUGAAGGGCUUUUAUUUGGAAGCUCUAGCUUUCGGAGUGGUUGUGGAACAUGACCAUAUAUGACACAGAGUGUAUAGUGAAAGGGUAAAGUGUCAUUGAGUUGUAAUGAUAUAUCAGUUAGAAAAAAAUCACACACCACAAGAUUUAUGAAUGAGGGCAGGAUUCUCCCUGGCUGGUGUGCGCUCCGCCCCUCUCCAAUCCCAUUGGUUGAAGGACUAAUGCCCCGCCUCCAUUUCUUUCUAUUGGUCCGCAGUCCCCGUCAAUCAGUAGGGCGCGGCGACAGUGGAGCAUGCGCAGUGCCGAGGAGAAGACCCGGUCCUGCCCGGCGCAUGCGCAUUUUCCAUCCUCCUUCGGGUCGUCGAUGGUCACGGUCUUGUCUGUCUGAGACACGAACAGUGAGGAUCAGGCGGAUCGGUGAAACCGAUGGACCGGGCAGUGGGUAGGCGGAGAGGCUUCAAAAACGUCUCGUGUCGGCCGGAAACCGCGGGGGAAAUCUCUUCCGCUGGCACCGGAAAGGGCGAGGAUUGCAGGCCUCCCCUCCCGGCUAUUUGGGCCUGGUUUGGGACGGCCGCCAUCUUUGUUGGGGGCAGCGGGCGGCAGCAGGCAUGCGCGAAGCGGAUGGGGGCAACUAUUGGAAUGAGUGGGCGGAGCUUGCUGCCCAUUGUUCAGAAUGGGUUCCAACCUGUCCAUCCAGCUGCAUUCGCCUUUCACACCCAACAUCUUACUGAGGAGGCAGAGCAGGGAAGCAAAGAAUAUUAAAAGAAGAUUUGAAGAAGGAAACUCAAACCAAACAUCACAUCAAAAACGUGGCAGGAUUAUUCAGGCUUUGAGUGGGAUUGAAAGAGGGGGAUUUGCAGCCGAGAAGCGGUACCAAACGUCUCGGCAGGAUCUGACGCAGCCUGGAAUAUCGUCGGACUUGGAACAUGGAAGGCAAAAGCGAAGCUCUCGGUGGGACGAAACCAUACGUGUGUCCCGUGUGCGGACGGGAUUUCAACCAAUCAACCAGUCUGUCAGGACAUGAAUGUAGUCACGACAGGGAGAAACCGUGGACAUGUGGGGACUGCGGGAAGGGAUUCAUUUCCCCGUCGAGGCUGGAGACCCAUCGUCGCAUUCACACCGGGGAGAGGCCGUUCGCCUGCACUGAAUGUGGGAAGGGAUUCACUCAGUUGUCCAACCUGCUGAGACACCGGCGGGUUCACACUGACGAGAGACCGUUUAAAUGCCCAGACUGCGGCAAGAGCUACAAAAGCUCCGGGGAACUAAUAUGCCACCAACGCGUUCACACCGACGAGCGACCGUUCAAGUGCUCUCACUGCGGCGCUGGGUUCAGAUGGUCAUCUCAACUCAUCGAGCACCAGCGGGUUCACACCGGGGAGAGGCCCUUCACCUGCUCCGAGUGUGGGAAAGGAUUCACUCACUUAUCCAACCUCCAGACCCACCAGCGCAUCCACGUCGGCGAGAAACCGUUCGCUUGCUCUGACUGCGGGAAGGGAUUCACUCAACUAUCCCACCUACUCACGCACCAGCGGGUCCACACCGGGGAGAGGCCGUUCACCUGCUCCGAGUGCGGGAAAGGGUUCACUGCGUCCUCCAUCCUUAUGGCGCACCAGCGGGUUCACACCAAUGAGACCCCGUUCAGGUGCUCGCAGUGCGGGACUGGAUUCAAACACUCGUCGAACCUCACCGUACACCAGAGGGUUCACAGCGGGGAGAGGCCAUUCACCUGCUCCAAGUGCGGGAAGGGCUUCACUCAGUCCUCCCACCUGCUGACACACCAGCGGGUUCACACCGGGGAGAGGCCAUUCACCUGCUCCACGUGUGGGAAGGGCUUCACUUGUUCAUCCCACCUGCUGAGGCACCAGCGGGUUCACGAGUAACUGCCGUGAUCGGAUGGUGUUAAUUCAGACACUGGAGCGAUUUAAUAUUGAUAAGGAAAGGCUGUUGGAUCUGUUGCCUGCCCUUAAACUUAAUAAGGCACUGGGACUGGAUGAGAUGUAUCCAGGGAUGGUGACAGUAAGUAAGGGCUGAAAUUGGAGACGCUCUAGCCAUCAGUUUUCAUACCUCCUCACACUCGGGCGACUCUAGAAGACUGAAGGUGGCACGGUGGCUCAGUGGUAAGCACUGCUGCCUCACAGCGCCAGGGACCCGGGUUUG